GACUCCCCGGGCUCGUGGCGGAAGAUGAUCGAAGUGAAUCUCCAACUUAUUCGCCGCAAGAGUUCGCUUUUUUGAUGGACUCUCCUUCGGGGAAGUCUACUGGCGCUAUUGAUGAUGUUGUACUUUCAAUUGUAAGCGUACUUAGGGAGAAUGGCGGUUUGGGGGAGGAAGCUCAGAAACUUCUUAGGCAGUUUAGGGAGAAGCUGAACCCGGAUUUGGUUGUCAGGGUUCUGAGAGAGGUCCGGGAUGCUGAAUUGGGUGUGAAGUUUUACAUGUGGGCUGGUAGGCAAAUUGGGUAUAAUCAUAAUGCAGCUGUUUUCGAUGCUUUAAUUGAUGUUGUAGUCACCAGGGAACCUGGUAGUUCCGAGAACGAGAAAGUGCCGGAGACAAUUCUCCAUGUUCUUAUGGAUGAUGAUAAGGAAGUUCUGGGUAAAUUGCUGAAUUUCAUGGUCCUAAAGUGCUGCCGAAGUGGGUUGUGGAAUUUGGCACUAGAAGAGCUAGAGAGGCUCAAGAAUUUAGGGUACAAGCCCUCUAGAGUCACCUACAAUGCCUUAGUUAAGGUUUUUCUGCAAGUGGGUAGGUUGGAGACUGCUUCUUUGAUUUACAAGGAAAUGACAGGGUUAGGGUUUAAGAUGGAUAUGCACACACUGAAUUGCUUUACGCGCUCAUUGUGCAAGGGAGGUAAAUGGAGAGAAGCUCUUGAUUUGAUGGAGAAGGAAGGAUUUGUCGCGGAUACUGUGAUAUACACGUCGAUGAUUUCUGGGCUGUGUGAAGGUUCUUUUUUUGUAGAGGCUAUGGAUAUUUUGAUCUUGAUGCGCUCUAGUUCGUGCAUCCCCAAUAGAGUAACUUAUGAGACCUUACUUUGCGCCUGUUUGAACCAAAGGAAACUGGGCUGGUGUAAGAGAAUUCUUAACAUGAUGAUUGUGGAAGGUUGCUAUCCAGGCCAAAAGAUAUUCAAUUCUCUUGUUCAUGCGUAUUGCAGAUCGAUGGAUUAUUUAUAUGCCUAUAAAUUACUCAAGAAAAUGGAGCGAUGUGGCUGCCAACCUGGUUAUGUCGUCUACAACAUACUGAUUGGAGGUAUGUGCGGCAAUGAUGACUUACCGAGCAAGGAAAUAAUGCAACUGGCUGAAAAAAUCUAUGGGGAAAUGAUUGAUGCAGGGGUUGUUUUGAAUAAAGUCAAUGUCAGCAAUUUCGUCCGCUGUCUUUGUGCUUUCCAAAAGUUUGAGAAAGCUUUUUGUGUAAUUCAAGAAAUGAUGAAAAAGGGUUUUGUUCCUGACGUUAGCACAUACUCUAAAGUUAUAGGCUUCCUUGGUAAUGCCUCAAAAAUAGACAAGGCAUUCAUGUUGUUUCAAGAAAUGAAAAAUAAUGGGCUUGUUCCUGAUGUUUAUACGUAUACAAUGCUGAUUGACUGUUUCUGCAAAUCUGGAUUCAUUCAACAGGCUCGUAGUUGGCUUGAUGAGAUGAGAAGUGUUGGUUGUAUGCCCAAUGUAGUGACUUAUACAUCUCUUUUACAUGCAUACCUCAAACAAAAGAGGAUUUCUGAGGCAAAUGCGCUCUUUGAGCUAAUGCUGUCUGAAGGGUCCAUUCCUAAUGUUGUGACCUUUACUGCUUUGAUUGAUGGCUUCUGCAAAGCAGGGAAUGUAGAGAAGGCCUGCCAGAUUUAUGAAAAAAUGAAGGGAAGUGUUAACACUUCUGAAGUAGACAUGUACUUCAAGACAACCGAUAUGGGUAAUAAAGAAAAGCCUAAUCUUGUUACAUAUGGGGCUUUAGUGGAUGGCCUGUGCAAAACACAUAGGGUGAAGGAUGCUCGUGAUCUGUUGGAUUCAAUGACAGUGGAUGGGCAAGAGCCAAAUGUUAAUAUAUAUAAUGCUCUAAUUGAUGGGUUUUGCAAGGCAGGAGAGAUAAAGGAAGCACAUGAAGUGUUUUCCAGAAUGUUGGAGCAUGGGUAUGAUCCUAGUGUUUUUACGUACGGUUCUUUCCUUGAUAGGCUUUUUAAAGACAAACACUUGGAUCUUGCUAUGAAAGUUUUGUCUCAAAUGCUGGAAAAAUCUUGCCCCCCAAACGUUAUCAUCUACACAGAAAUGAUAGAUGGUUUAUGUAAGAUGGGAAAGACUGAUGAAGCUUACAAGCUUAUGUUGAUGAUGGAAGAGAAAGGUUGCAAGCCAAAUGUUGUGACUUAUACUGCAAUGAUAGACGGAUUUGGUAAAGCUUGUAAAGUUGAAAAGUGCCUUCAGCUAAUCCAGCAGAUGGUUUGUAAGGGUUGUGCACCAAAUUAUAUUACUUAUGCGGUCACGAUCAAACACUGUUGUUCUGCUGGGCUUCUGGAUGAGGCUGUCCAACUACUAGAGGAGAUGAAACAAACACACUGGCCAAGACAUAUGGACAGUUAUCAUAGGAUUAUUGAAGGCUUCAACAAAGAGUACUUGAUCAGUCUUGGCUUAUUGGAGGAAAUGAGUGCGAACAGUUGUGUCUCCUAUUUUCCUGUAUAUAGGAUUUUGAUAGAUAGCUUUCUCAAAGCAGGAAGACUGGAAGUGGCUGCUGACCUACAUAAAGAGAUUUCAUCACCUUCACAUCAUGACAAGAAUGUUUAUGCUUCUUUAAUCCAGAAUCUUUGUGUUAAUAUGAAAGUUGAUAAAGCAUUUGAGUUAUAUGCCGACAUCAUAAAGAAAGGGGUAAUUCCGGAAUUGAGUGUCUUUGUUAACCUCAUCAAAGGGCUUACAUUGGCCAACCAAUGGGAGUAUGCACUUGAACUCUCUAAAAGUCUUUGUGACAUGGAUGUUUGCUGGCUACCAGCUAACAAGAAAAUGGAUGGCAGCUAAUAUGAUAUAUGGCUUCAUCUAAGUUUGUUCCUUUGCCUACUCACAUGUUGCCACGAAGUUCUUUAAGGAUAUUCAAGCAACACAACACCGGAACCUCUACUCCAAACACCAUUUGCCUGAACUCUGGUUGCAGCGAGUGCCACAGAUAUAUAUGUCCAUGAACCAGAAUAUAAUACUCCGUAUCAGAUAUCAAAGGGCACCACUGUUCAUCUCCAAUGGCGGGUUCACAUUGAGGCCAAAAACGGACACGCCAUGGUACUGGAAGAAAAUGUGUAAAUAUAGGGACAAUAUCAGUUCAUCUAAUAUCAGAAGGGGUCUUGGAGAAAGCUCUAAUGAUCUGCUGGGAUUGUGAUCAAAAUCAUCAAACCCUUUGUGGGUACCUCUAGUGUGGGCUAAACUCUGCCAACCCAAACAUCAAGUCCAGUUAUGGUUGUUGCAGAAGGAGAGGCUCCCUGUUAAAACAAGAGUUGCCAAAUAUGUAAUUAUUGUCAAGGAGUGUUUUGUGCAAUAAAUGAGGGUAAUGAAGAACAGAUGUAGGCAAAAGUGGCCUUGUUUAAAGAAACUGGAUGGGAGAGC